UUAGAAACGACAACAGUAAAAGACAAAAAAUCAUCUGAAGGAGAGAGAAAAGGAUAAUACUGUCCAAGCAGGAUGGAUGUGACGCCACACAACUCUACCAUCAAUCAAGGCGGAGCCAACAAGAGCCAAAACCAAUCAGAAUGCAUCUCGAGUCAGCCGACAGCCAAUGGCAUCCUCCCGCAUCACAACACAGCAGAGGCCCCUCCCCUUCUCUCUGAUAGGACGGAGGAUGGUGACAUCGGCAGUGAUGACUCUGUGACUGACAGCUCCUCCACCAACGAUGUCUGUUUGCUCCAGCCCGCCCACUCUGCCUCAGCACCGCCUCAGAGGAAGCAGACAGGUGUGGACAGUUUGUCGGCGUCUCCUCCUCCUGUCUGUGCUCCUCCUUCAUCGUCCUCCUCUCCUCCUCCUCCUCCUCCUCCUCCUCCUCUUCGGUCGUCCACCUGUAAAAGACAGAGCUGCAGCCUUCCUCACCAUCAUCAUCACCAUCAUCAUCAUCACCAUCAUCAUCAUCACAGCACCAAUCAGAACCGUCUCUCCUCCACCAAAAGCCACACCUCCUUCAAGACGGACGCCGCCCACAUUAGGGAGGUGGCCAGAGAUGACUGUUGCGCUCACUGUGUCCUGGCCUGUCUCUUCUGCGAGCUCCUGUCCAUGUGUUCGGCUUUGGGGGAGUGUCUGGCCUGCGGAGUGGGCGGGGCCGGCUGCUGCGACUCCAUGGGCUGCUGCUGCUGCUGCAUGGAGGCGGCGGGGGAGGCGGCCUGCACCGAGGAGGCGUGUCAGGCCGUGUUGGAUUGUGGGAUACUGGAGGACUGCUGCGGCUCGUCCGACUGUCUGGAGGUGUGUCUGGAAUGCUGCUCCAUCUGCUUCCCCUCGUAGAAACCGGCCAAUCAGAGGAGAGGACAGGUGAC